GCUGUUAGCCAAACGCAUUUGUUAGCCCUAUUUAUACCAGGCUUACCAGCUGAGUUUGGCUAUCUUAUCGAUUUCCUUUUAUUUUCUCUCAAACUCUGUAAAGUUUGUUAAAUCUUCUCUUUUAGAAUUUUUCUAUCCGUUGGAUCAUGGUUAGUUUGACACUUUGACACACUGACCGUAUGAUGUAGAAGGAGACCCAUAGGAUAACUAGGUCUGAUCAUAAGCAGUUUUUGUCUCGUCUUUCGACAAAACUGCUUUCAUCAUGGGGAAUCAGUAUUCCGUUUCGGGUGCGGAUCAGAUCUAUCCGAUCGAGCAUUACCUUAUGGACCUUCCUGGAUUCCAGUUGUCUGCAAAGCUGGGGAGUACUCGAUUCAUGAAAGUGGCACGGACAAAUCACAAGGAAGGAUCCUGUGUUGUUAAAGUCUUUGUGAUUCACGAUAGAAGUCUCAGUUUGGAACCGUAUGACAAAGCACUACAGUUUCAACGGGAAAAUAUGCAAAGCUUUUUGCAUUGUUUGCCGUUCUCCUUUUUCACGAAAUCGGAUAAGUUUGCAGCACUUUGUCGCACUUACAUUAAGGAUACCCUAUACGAUCGAAUGAGUGCGCGACCCUACCUAGUGGAUAUCGAAAAGCGGUGGAUUGCGUUCCAGAUUUUGAAUGGAUUACAAGAGUGUCACGCAAAAAAUAUUUAUCACGGCGACAUUAAAUCGGCCAAUAUAGCAAUAACGAGCUGGAACUGGGUGUAUUUGGUGGAUUUCGCAAGUUAUAAACCGACUUAUCUCCCCGAUGGAGACCCAGCGGAUUUCAAUUACUUCUUUGAUACAAGUCGGAGACGGACGUGUUACAUUGCUCCUGAACGGUUUUUGCGAGGCGUUGCUGAAUCCGUAGAUGUUAUAAGCUCUAAGAUCAAUCUUCCUGACCAGCAACAAGAAGUACGCAUGGGCGCGCUAGACUGGUCCAUGGACAUUUUUUCUGUGGGAUGUGUGUUUUUGGAAUUUUUUGGAGAUGGAGAGGCACCAUUUGAUUUGUCGAAGUUGCUGGCGUAUCGCAACGGGGAGUUUUAUCCUUCUGAUGCCAUAAAAAAGGUUGAAUCGGAAGAUUUGAGGGUUCUUAUUCAGAAUAUGAUUGAGAAAGAUCCCUCGGUGCGGCAUCGGGCUAUCUACUACCUGAAUGCUUUGCGUGAAACAGUUUUCCCGGAAUGUUUCUACUUGUUUCUGAACAGUUACAUCUUUUCAUAUUGCACUCCUGAUAUUCCAGAUAAUAAGAUAAUGAGAUUGCGGAACGAUCUUUCUGGAGUGAUUGAAAAGCUGGGAGGAUCCUCAGAAUGUAUUGUACUGAUUUUACCACUGCUGUUAUCGCACUGGAGAAAUUUAAGCCACAGCGAUGCCAAGUUAGCCGCUUUAGAAAUUGCCGAAAUACUGGCACCCUUGUUACCCGUAGAGAUCGUCUUGGAUCGACUUCUGCCUUACUUGCUUACGUGUGUGGAGGAUCGCCUAGCCAUAGUGCGGGCGAGUUUUAUAAAAACCUUUGUAAAGGUUUUGCAAGCGGUUCCCUGUGUUCGCCGUAACGAAGGUCACAUCUUCCGCGCAUACAUCUUGCCGGACAUGGAAAAAUUAGUGGAUGACAAUAAUCAGCACGUACGAAUUACUUUCGCCAUGCAUAUCGCCCAAAUUGCGGAGAUCGCCAUGACGUUUCUGGAGCGGUCUUAUCUGUGCCAGACCAAUGGCUCAACGGCUAACCAAGAUUCCCUGUAUUCAUUACACGAUGAAGAUCGGUAUCCUUUUGAUGUGGAACGUAUCCUUUUACUAAAAUAUCUGCAGUCUCUAUUGGAGAAACUCAUAUUGAAGCAGAGCAAUGCGGUCAAACGAGCGCUGCUGGAAUAUGGCAUGGGGAAGUUAUGUCAAGUUUUCGGGCGGAAACUUACUCGGGAAAGUAUUCUGCCUCAUUUGGUCACCUUUCUUAACGAAAAGCCUGACUGGCAGUUGCGUGCAGCGUUCUUUCGAUCCAUUGUUGGGCUGGCAUCGUUUGUUGGAUUAGAAGGUGCUGGUGUUUUUCGGGCACUCCUGGAGCAGGGGCUUACCGAUCCGGAGGAGUUCGUGGUGUUUCACGCCCUGACUUCGUUUUUGGAUCUUGUCAAACUUCAGUUGAUACCAAAGAAAUCCAUCAUGGAAUUGCUGGCGUUUUGUUCUGCGCUUCUGGUUCACCCGAACAGUUGGAUUCGCCGUACAGCUGUCGCGUUAUUUGCCGUUGCCGCUAAGAAAACUGAUUAUGCGGAUCAACAAAUACGAAUACGUCCAAUGGUUCUGCCAUUUUUGGAUCAUCAGAUCGUCUUCAUAGACAAUGAGGAAUCGUUAUCCGGAGCGUUAAUGCCACCACUCAAUCGUCGGAUUUAUAGUAUAUUUUCUGGAGAUCGAGCUGGUCGGAAGCUUUUGGAGUUUCUGGAAGGAAACAGUGAUGAGCGGUUGAGGAUAGUAAACGAUAAUGACGGCUUUCGAAGCAUGCGUGCCUCCACUAUUGCCGAAAAUCAGCUGUAUCAGAAACUCCAUGCCCAUGAAAUAGUACCGACAGAUAAAGCCAAAGUGCUGCUGAUGAAAGACUUCAUAAUGCGACUGCGACUUCCUUCACCGACGAUGGAGCAAGAACUGGCUAUACAAGCUGAAGAUCAGGCGGAAAGAACUAAGAACACAGUGAAAAUCGGACCGUCCGUGCCGAUUCGGAGCAUUCCAGAACCACCUGGUCUCGAAGCUGUUGAUUCCAUGAGCUCGUCGGCAACUUUGACGAAAGGAAGUAAACAAUUAGUGAAUGAUGUGGCAUUACGAACGGCUAUGAACGAAGAAUGGGACACUGUUUUCAAGCCGUCGAACGUGUCGUUGACACCAGUGCCUGUGGCGCACGAAUCUGUUGGCGAAACUGUGGGAGAAAGUCGUGAUGCUAGCCUCGUAGGCGGCGCUUCCGCCAUUCGAGUGAGAAUUCCAACCUGUGAACGCGAACUGCAGAGUUUCAUUCAGAAUCGCCAGCAAGAACGAGGGGUAGUGCUUAGUAACGAAGUGUCACUGAGUGAUCUCGAACCACCGCCGAUGUAUGCAGAUUUGCUGAAAGAAUGGCGGCCUAGCGGCACUCUCGUAGCACAUCUGCAUGAACAUCCUCAUGGAAUUGUUAGGUUGCGUUCGAAUAAAAACAAUGGGGAUAUUUUAAGCUGUUCGUUGGAUGGAGCGGUCAAGCUAUGGGACUGUGCGAAAAUGGAGGGACGCGGUCUGUCUAAUCGUGCCAAAUAUACGUAUAAGAGCCUUGGCAGCCCUGUUCGGGCUAUGACAUAUUGCGAGGAGUGGAAAUCGUUUGCCUGCGCAGGGGAAAAUGGAGCGAUUCAUGUAGUUCGGAUGGAUGCCGAUCACUCUAAAGGUCAAGUCAAGCUGGAAAAAUUUAUUGAUCCUAAACGGGAUGGAAUUGUCGUUGAAAUGGGAUAUUGCGACCCAGGAUCGCAGAACAUCAUAACGUUUUGUACAUCAAUGGGUGCAGUUUGCGGAUGGGAUCUGCGUACUCCUAACUUCGUAUGGAAACUGGACAGUGAUUUGCGCCACGGCAUGCUGAAGACAUUCUGCGUCAGCUCGGAACAGAGCUGGAUUACAACUGGAAGUAUGGAUGGCUACAUGAUAACAUGGGACCUAAGGUUUCGCCUGGCCAUUUCGUCUCUCCACCACCCCAUGGGAAGUGCGAUCGGCCGUUUAUACACGCAUCCCAAGCUGGAUAAUGCAGUUAUUGCCUGCGUUAAAGGGAAUAAUGAAGUCUCAGUAUGGGAUACAGAAACCGGAUUACGGUUAACUGGUCUUUGGAGUGGCCUUUCGCAACCUCUAUGACACAACCUUUAUCGGUGAAUCAGGAUAGUAUUCGCGGCUUACAAGUGGUGAUGUCGGAUGCACGAUCAUUUAGCUGCAUAACCGGUGGUACGGAUCGGCGAAUUCGAUAUUGGGAUGGCGUGGCUCCAGAAAUGUCAUACAUGAUCUCAUCGGCA